AACAUAACCUCCAAAAUCUUGAACAACCGAAAACGGCUUGUAAACAACUCAUAGCAACGUGCUCGGAAGUUUUCUGAACUUUUAGAACAAAGCUCCUAUAAUAUUUUCAAGUUGAUGAACACUGAUAAAUUUUAGGAUCUUCUUUGUGUAAUCGCAAUGGCAGGGAUAAGUAAUGCACAAGUACAUGAAGUGCGGGAAAUAACACGCAUCGAGCGGAUUGGUGCACAUUCCCACAUUAGAGGACUAGGAUUGGAUGACAGUCUAGAGCCACGCAAGAUUUCUCAGGGUAUGGUAGGACAGUUACAAGCUCGAAGAGCAGCUGGAGUAGUUCUAGGUAUUAUUCGAGAGGGGAAAAUUGCUGGGCGUGCAGUGCUUCUAGCUGGUCAGCCAGGAACUGGGAAAACUGCUAUUGCUAUGGGAAUGUCUCAAGCGCUGGGAACUGAGGCUCCUUUUGUGUGCAUGGCUGGAUCAGAAAUUUACAGUUUAGAAAUGAGCAAAACUGAGGCACUCACGCAAGCCAUCAGAAAAUCAAUUGGUGUGAGAAUAAAAGAGGAAACUGAAAUAAUUGAAGGUGAAGUAGUCGAAGUGCAAGUUGACAGACCAGCCACUGGAGUUGGAGUAAAAAUUGGAAAGUUAACUCUGAAAACUACUGAAAUGGAGACUAUCUAUGAUCUGGGAAACAAAAUGAUUGAAUCUUUAAUGAAGGAAAAGGUACAAGCUGGCGAUGUUAUUACGAUUGACAAAGCCACUGGUAAAAUCAGCCGUCUUGGUCGUUCCUUCACCAGAGCACGCGAUUAUGAUGCAACAGGUCCUCAGACUAGAUUUGUGCAGUGUCCAGAAGGAGAACUCCAGAAAAGAAAAGAGGUUGUUCACACUGUGUCUCUUCAUGAAAUUGAUGUCAUCAACUCUCGAACUCAUGGAUUUUUAGCCCUGUUUUCUGGUGACACCGGUGAGAUCAAAUCCGAAGUCAGAGACCAAAUAAAUGCUAAAGUCAGUGAGUGGCGGGAAGAAGGCAAAGCCGAAAUUGUACCUGGUGUUCUUUUUAUUGAUGAGGUUCAUAUGCUUGACAUUGAAUGCUUCUCUUUCCUAAAUCGAGCUCUUGAAGAUGAGAUGGCCCCUGUUGUCAUAACGGCCACCAAUCGUGGCAUAACAAGGAUAAGGGGCACCAGUUACUCCUCUCCGCACGGAAUACCUCUUGAUCUCUUGGAUCGAAUGAUCAUCAUUCCAACUAUACCGUACACGGAACAAGAAUUGAAGGAAAUCCUAAAAAUUAGGUGUCAAGAAGAAGAUUGUGAAAUUUCUGACGAUGCUUUGAUCAUUUUAACAAGAAUAGCCUCCGAAACAUCGUUACGAUAUGCAAUUCAGUUAAUUACAACAGCCAGUUUGGUCAGCAGGCGGCGCAAGUCUACUGAGGUAUCAACUGAAGAUAUUAAACGUGUAUAUUACCUAUUCCUAGAUGAGCAUAGGUCAACUCAGUUUUUGAAGGAUUACCAGGAUGAAUAUUUGUAUGAUCAAGGCGCAAAUGGUCAAGUCACAGAAACACCAGAAAUGGAAGUGUGUCAAUAAAAAUUUCCUCAGUAUUGUGGCAACAGGGCCUGCAAUUUUAAUCUAUCAUUAUGAUAAGUAAUCCAAGUGGUGGAAUUUUUUUUCAAGCAAAAACUUAAAACAGCUUUUUAAGCAAUUUCGGAAUUCCAACUACAAUUUUCAGUUCUCCAACUGGAGCUGUUCUGCUUGCCAAACUAGACUUGAUUUUCUAGUAGGUAAAUCCACCUGUCACAAAUGAGAUUGGUUCCUUUUAAAUGUUUCUUUUUUACCAAGUUAUAAAGUCAAGAAGUAUUUUUUUUUUUUUUAUUUAAGUAAAAAAAAUGAAAAUAGAGUCGGUUUCAGAUAUUAUUGUCCUUUCUAUUUCCAGCGAAGUCAUACCACUCAUCUGAAAACAUCGCUUUAUCUGCUACAAAAACAGUACUGAUAUUCUUAAAAUGAGUCGUACAUUCACUUGCACACUGAUCCGAAACACUUCCACCUCAGUACUUCUCCAAAAUAUAAUUCCUUUGCAUACCGUAUUUUUAACACAAUAAAAUUUUUUAUCAUCCAAAUAAAAUAGUCUUUUCUCUCCUU